UUGUGUUUCUCUAACAGGACCAUCUGCUGUUACCUGCCAUCAGCCACAAUAAGACCAGCAGACCCAAGAUGUCUCUGGUGAUGCCGGCCAUGUCUGUUAACGAGAGUCUGUAUAAUUCCUCUCAGGGUUACGAGAUGAUGAUGCAGGUCGACUGCGAGGUCAUGGACACUCGCAUCGUCCCCAUCAAAUCCUCCGCCGUGCCCCCGUCCCUCCGCGACCCUCCUCCUCCUCCCCCCUCCGCCCACCACGGCUCUCACCAUCACCACGGCAACCACACUUCGCUCCGAGGGCGCCACCACCCUCACCCUUCCUCCUCCUCGCCUUCAUCGCCGUCUCAACGGCAACCUUUACCUUUACCUGUCCGACGACGGCCGGCGGAGUACCUCAUCAGCCAGUCGGAAGGAGUUUGA